AUGAAAAAGUUAUAUGUUAUUAUUUCAGUUGUUUCAACAAUAGCUGUACUGUUCGCAGCAAUUGCAGUCAUUUCGAUCACACUUGGUGUAGUUCUUUCAAAGGACGAUUCAAGUACAAACAAUCCUGGUGACUCACCAAACCUUUAUGACCCUUCUUUGAUAACAAACAAUGGGUAUAUGACCAAUGAAAUGGAUAACUUUGAGGUUGUUAAAAGUGUGCCAUUCAAUGGAAAGAAACCCCAGAUAUACAAAAUGAAGUACUCCAAAUACCCACACUUUGGAAAUACUGAGACCUUCACAGACCAAGAAAAAAUAGAUAUUACAGCCGAAAACACACUCAUUUGGGAUGACACAAUCAAAAUGAUCCAAAACGGCACUUUUGGUCGAAUGGACCCCACAUUAGGAGGAGAAAAACAAUUUGAGUCUUCUGGAAUAAAUUGGGAUGUUCCAAGAGUUACCAUUAAAUACGAAGUCUUCCCCAAAGUGAGUGGACAAAGACUAGUUGCCACUGCAUUCCCAGGAGAAGUUGUCACUCUAACUUUUCCAAAGGAUUUGGAAAUCAAAACAAAUCGACUUGUUGUUUGUAUGGGCAAGUGCAAUUUAGAUGGAAACAGACAAAACGUAGAUAGCCGAUUGUUUAAGAAUGAUCGAAUGCCAAGCGAGUCGAGAGAAUUCCCAUUGACUGAAGCGGAUUUAGAUACAAAUCGACAAUUCAAAGUUGGAAGUAUCUUUGGUGGUGGUGUCUAUUUAAAAACUCAACUCGAUUUUCAAAGCGCUGAACCGUUCUUUGUUGAAAUCUCCAAUGUUGGAGAGGCUCCUAUUAUUAAUUAUAAUGUUACUACAAACGCCGAAUGGAAGAAGAUCAAAAUGUUGGGAAGUGUUGGAGAAGUACGAACACCUGGUGUAAGGCUUAUUCUGACAUCAAAAAAUAUGAGAGAAGUACAAGACGCCGAAUUUGUCGCUGAGUAUUGGCACCGCGCUGUACACAUUGGGUUGUUGUUCACACCAACGACAAAUAUGUAUCCAAUUUCUAUGUGUUUUGACCAAAAAAUUGAAUUUGGAGAAGCAGUCGCUUUCAUUGCCGCUUGGUUCUGUCAACUUCCCGUGUAUUGGGAAGAACCGGUUGUCAACAAACAAUUGAUGUAUAACCAACUUCUGUGGGGGCCAAUGCACGAGCUGAAUCAUCACUAUGAGGGAAGUAUAAGUGGAAGAGAAGGAAGAUGGGGAAUGGGGCAACUUGAGACUAACAACAAUGUCAUCAACGCUGUAUUUCACAUAGAAUAUUCAAAUGUUGCUGGGAAUAGAGAGAAUGGAAUUAACGAUUGGGGAUAUAUCAGUGAUGGGUAUUGGACUAUGAAAAAGGUAUUUGAAGGGAGUCGAGACGCUAUAUAUCUCAGAAGUUAUGUGUCACCAGCUUUCUCUUUUGGCACAGAGGCUGUUAAAAGAAUGAUUGAUAAUUACUAUUAUAUGUAUUUUGAUGAAGGGUAUGGAACUAAAUUUAACAAAUUUAGAAAUGACACAGGUAUUUAUUGCCUUUUGGUUGCACGAGCGACUGAAAGUGAUACAAGAUAUUUCUGUAAAAUCUUUGGGUGGGAAAUAGACGCCGAAAUUGCGAAAUAUAUUCAGAGCUUUAAAUACAAAACAUGGUUCCCAUUUUAUAAUUUGUACUCUCAUAGUUGGAAUGGAAAUAAAUACGGGAGAGUGUUCCACGUCCCUUAUAAAAUCAAAACAAGACUCGACUUCAACGAAAAAACUGCAUUUGAUAGAAAUGCCACCAAUGUUAAGUUUGAGAUUUUAGACGGUUUCAAAAAAGGAAAACUUGAAGAAAUAUCAAGUGGUAUUUAUGAUUACACUGCUGACUUCAAACCCAACGAAACGGACACUUUUAAAGUAAAAAUGACGUUUAAUGUUAACGGAGAAAGUGGGUCCAUUGUCUUUGAUGGCGAGUUGGUGACGAACAACAAAAUGAAGCAAGUUGAUGUUUAUACUUUAGAGACUAAACCAUCAAAUAUGGCAAAAGCAGAAGAAAUGAUAAUUGGAAAAAGUGUUGAUUUUACACGAAUAUCUAAAAGUUCGGCAAUACAAACUUUUAAUGAUAAAGUU